CUCUGUGUGGGGCGGGGCCGGUGCUUGUCACACUUCGGCUCCCCAAUCAUCUGCCUGUCAGAGUUUCUUUGCCGCGAGGCAUCUUAGUUUACAGUAAUUGGCGUCACUCGUUUCGCGAUUAGGCUUGGCGUUUCACCUUUCCAGUCUUCGUGAUUAACCCAUCACGGGUCCGCCGGGGCGCAUCCCGUCCCACGGUCGUCGUCGCCCCUAAAUCAACAACAUUUCAUUUCCAACAUACAAGUGCUGUAACCACGACUAUAUUCAAUAAACAUAAAAAAAAACGGCUGCACUCUUUGAAUGUUAUCACCUAAAAUCGUAUGUUACAGCCAGAGGCUGGUCCCAGGGGAAAUACAAGUAGGCGAGUAGUACAUCCCUGGCAACGGGGGACGGCGUCGCUAGCAACCACAGCUCCUGUGGCCGCCCCUCCUCUCACCCAGCACAACCCGCGCUGGCUUCUCCAGAUGGCCGAGCUCAGGAAGCAGGAGAGUGUAGAUGACACCAAGAAGAUUGUUCACACUUAUCCUCUGCUGCGGCAUACUGACAUGUCAGAGGAGAUGAAGACAGAGACAAUGGAACUUAUAGUGACUGCCUGUGAGAAACACCAAACAAAUAAUGAAAGUGCAGCACGUGUAAUCAAGGAGACCAUGGACAAACGAUAUGGCGCAACUUGGCACUGUGUUGUUGGUGAAGCAUUUGGUUUUGAAGUGUCGUAUGAAGUCAAGAAUCUCCUUUAUAUGUUUUUCGCUGGAAAUCUGGCUAUAGCCGUAUGGAAGUGUUGUUAGGUCAUUUUUCAUUGUGUUAUUUCUCAUAAGGUUAAAAUCUAGAAUCAACUAUGACAAUGUUUCAGUACAUACUUACACUUAAUAAACUGUUAAGUAAUUGUACUUUGGUUUACUAAGUUUUCUUGCUUUAUAAUAGAUUCAAAUAUUUAUUAAACAAAUUAAGUGUAUGUAUAAUUUUUUCACUGGUAGUGUUCUGCAGUGAUUUUGUUAAGUUUGUGUAAUGUAUACUUUUACUGUGAUGGUGCUAUGAUGAUUGUUCUUUUAGUAAAUCAGGCACAUUUUAAAUGCUAAUUUAUCAUAUUACUUUACUGCAUAAGGUUAAGCAACUUAGUGUUUUAGUCAUAGUGAGUAUUAUUACCAAUGUGUAUGUACUAUAUGUGUUUUGUCAUUUUUAUAUUGAAUACUAAAAAUAUGGUGGCAUUUCUCAGGCAUUAUUUAGUACUGUAACAAACUAAUUUUUACUAAAAUUGUAAACAGGUUACUCUAGAUAAUUGUGCCUGAAAUUUGGCCAUGUUACUAACCAAAGACUUGUACUGGGUGUAAACUUCCUUGACAGGUGGUGUGGUGAACAUUCCCAGAACCACCACCACACAAUGUUAUGAGAUUUAUUCCUGUCUUGUGCUACAUUUGAUAUUGUCCUAUCUUUACAUAAGGGAGGCCAUUUCUCAAUGGCUUUGGAAACCAGUACUGUCCUGGAUUUGUUUUAGUAUCUUAACAAAUAUUUUAUACGCUUUUUCAUAUUACUGUAUUUGUGUUUUGUUAUUCUUUCCGAAGUAUACAGGUGACCCAUAGUUGAGUGGAUUCUUUGUUGUAUUUAUCCAUCUGAUCAAGGAUAUAUUGUUAUGGCAUCCAGCCUUUAUACAUGGAGGAAAAGCAAAACUUUUGGUGCAAUGUAGGAAGCACAAGUUACUGACGGCAGUGUGGAACAAAAACCAAGUCCAAGUUGGGCUUAAUUCAUAGAAUACUGCGCUCCAAACAGAACUGAAUGUUAUCUGAACUUCCCUACUCCAGACAUAGCACUUUCUUCAUAACAAUUUUAGUCUUUAGCCAUUUUGCUUUAAGGUAACACUAAAUUAAUAUUAACAAAGACAGUAUUUGUACCAUAAUAGUAUUGUAGGUAAUAACCAACAGCUGGUGUCUUUAGUUUAUUGAAUACCAAAUGAUGAUGUGGGUACACAUGGCACUUAGUUUACUGUUUAAAGAGUACAAUUGUGCCAAAAGAAAUUGAGCAAACCAUAAUUCUUCAUUUCUUGCUUUUAAUAAACAAAUUCUUUCAGUGUGGUCUAGUCCAUGCUGUAUGUUGAUGACCAAUUCAUUUUUCUUGUAUUACUAGUUUUUCCAUACAGUAAUGGCUACAUGGUGUACUGUACACUAUGUAGCCUUGGGCUACUGGGCACAGCUUUAAGUUCUCAACUAUGAUAACUUCUAUUACUUUUACUAAGAAACACAUCAUCCACUGUAUGCCCCUGACUGUCUAAGGAAUGAACUCUUAUAUGAGGAUCAUAUAAAACUCUUUCGGCUGAUCUUUAUUGCCUGCCAGUUUUUGUCAUCCCCUGUCCAUUACCUGCAAACUGAAUGCUCCAACGCUUUUUACCUUAGUCAGUCUUGUCAUAUUCCACCUUCAGGUGCAGAUAAAUGAAUUCUUUUUCAUUUGCACUCUUCCCCUAAUACUGUCUAAACUAUCUGCGAAUUCCCUGUGUAUUCAUCAACUUUGCCCUUGAUCCUUCGUCAUCUCUACACUGCAUCAUAUGUGGAAUUUUAUGUGCUUUAAGACAGUUACUUUUCAUGUGCCAAAUGAUCAUUUCUUGUUGUAGUUGACUCUUGCAGUGGUUUUGGAGUCCUUUAACUCUUUGCAUCAUGUUGUGAUCGAAAUCAAUAUUGGUUAUUCCUCAUCUUUAGUAGAUAUUAGGAAAAUCCUCAUCUUUAGUAGAUAUUAGGAAAAUCCUCAUCUUUAGUAGAUAUUAGGAAAAUCCUCAUCUUUAGUAGAUAUUAGGAAAAUAAGUUUUGCUGGGUUCCUAGUCAUAUUGGUGUGGCCUCCAAUGAUCUCACAAACACAACUGCUAAGGAAGCUGCUCAUGCAUGUUGCAUCUCCCAGAAAUGAAUUCUUUACUGAGAUUUCUUCCCUGUCAUUCGUAGAACAAUCUGUAACUGUUGGAAAAAACAGAUUGUUAGCUAUUCUAAACAAUAAAUAACUAUGUAGUCUUAACUGUCACCUUUUCCUGUGGCCUUCCACCUGUUACUGGAACAGGAAGUGGAAAAUGUAUCUGGCUUGGUUACAUAUUGGCAACACAAGAUUAACUUGUGUACACUGCAAACAACUUUGAAUUUUAUUAGCAACUUAUUUUUUCUAAGCUAAGUUAAACUAUCAUAUGUGAAGUAAGCUUAUAGAAAGAGCGAGAAAGGGAAAAGAUAUAGGGAAAGUAUGAGAGAGGGAGAGAGAGAAUGAGAAAGUGGCAGAGAGGGGAGAAGAAACUGAGACAAAGGGGAGAGAGAACAUAAUAGAUAGGUAUUGCUGUUACUGCCUACAUAUAGCCCCACUUAAGCAACACCAUGGUGUCAUAUAGACACUGAGGCUGCCACCACUUGAUUUUAAUUCAUUUUAUAUAAUUUUGGAUGCAGGGAACCUGGAGUGAGAGAAGGGAAAGUAGAGCUUAAUAUCCUACUUGCUAUUUGUAUGCACUGCAUAGGGAAUGCUUUGAAGAGAGUCAUGGCUCUUACAGCUCAAAUGACUCUCAACCUCUUAGUUUUCACAGCAGCUGGGGAGGGGGAACAAAUGUAAUAAUAAAUGCUGGACACUUACGUGAUAAUUAAUUGACGUAGAUUUGCCCAGGAAGGGAUAAAUGAUAAUUUGGAACACUAGCCAAGGAGAUAAGGGACUUAUGUAAAAUGCUGAAGGUCAGCCCACUAGUACAUUUGGCAGGUAUGAUUAACACAAGGAGUCGAAGAUUAAAACAAUAGUGUAGUGAAUUAACUUAAUGAGGUAUCCUAAUUAUGUUUCCUUACUUGAGGCAAUAGAAUUGAUGAUGAUAAGUGGCAAGGACAAGUGAUCAGUAUUUAUGCACAGCUAACUCCACUGUGCAUGAGAGAUUGAUGUUCAGCUCUUGCAGGGCCCUGUGCAACACAUAUUCAACAUAUAUGUUCAAUAUUUAUCAUAUAUCUACAACAUUAUCAUUUACUGAUGAGAACCUUGGAAAACUGUCCUUUGUUCUUUUUAAAUAUUAGUUAACAGCAUCAGCAUAAUACAGUAAUGGUCAAUUUAGUCUUAUGCCAACUUUUUAUUCUAGACAAUGAGAUGAUUAACACAGCUGUUCAGUUCAUGUAUGGAGUGGAAAAUAGGUCAAUAAAACAGUUUUAAAUAGUUUUUGUAUCCAGGCAUUCUGUGCCUGCCCUAAAGUAACUAAUUAUGAGAGAGAUCAACAAACUCCGUCCAGCCUUCAUUUCAUCUGAGUACAACAUGUAAACAAUAUACUGUAUCAUGAAUAGGCAUUUUACAGUUUAAGAGCAUGCUCUAAUAUGAUAGUACAAAACCUUUUCUUUCAUGAUUAACAAAUGAGUUCCUUGAGUUUAAACACAAGUAAGAGUACAGGUCUCAGGUUUCAGGAGUGAGUAUUCAAAUCCAUGGUAAUUUAUAUGGACCCUUAUUAUACUAUCAGUUCAGUACAGUAUAUACAGUACAUGCAGUGUGUAUGACCUGGCUCGGAAUAGGUUCCAAUCCAUUGGAAAAUAAACUGCUAGUUUGAUUUGUAUUGCUUAGGCCUUGGUAAAAAAAAAAACUUUGAACAGUUAAAAUCUCAAAGUAAUGAAUAUUAAUACUGUACAGUAUUUUCAUUUAUUAAAUAUUUUUUAUUUUCUCUUUUAUUAAAUAAAACUAUAUACAAUUCUUGCACAAGUAUUUGCAAUUUCAUAUGCAGUAUAUACUGUACUAAGCUAAUGUAUUUAAAUGUACAUUAACCCUAAUCCAUUUUUGCUCCCUUAACAAUUUUGGGUGCCAACAGUGUCUUGGGCCAAGUGCAAAUUACUUUAGCGAUAUUUUAAUUCAAUCCCAUACUGCAAAGUUACUAUGCAUGGUAAAGUGUUCAAUUUGGUAUUUUUAAGCUAAAGAGUUGUACUUAUGACAGUAUUUUUCAGAAAUGCAAUAUAAACAAAAUAAAAUAACAAGAAGGCGAGUUAGCCAACAUGACAUUCAAAAUGACGAUUGCAGUCAUCAUCUGGACCUGGUGGUUUGAAUAAAUGACGACUGCAUCACACAAACGCUUUAUGGUUAAGCUUAUGAAACGUUCAAAAUAAAUUAACUUGACAGUUUAUUCCAGGAAAAAUUGCAGAUAUCAUGAAAUCAGGGACUUUAAUCUAGGGUUACCUGCAGCAAUUUAGCCAUAAUGUCCAUUAUAUGGAGGGCUCCUAUUGGUGCCUCCUUUGUGCUUGCUGCUCAGAACCCUCCACCCAAUUCAAUCCACACCAGGCCCUUGUGAGUCACUGUAGUGCUACUACAGUGGGUGUAGUGGGGACCAGAGGCUAAAACCCCUCUAAAGAAGCACAAUGAACAGGGGACCUUUAUUGAUUUAUUUAGAAGGUACAAAGAGUUUGUGAGAUUACAUAAUACGGUAUUGAUAUUUCUGUGGGAAGCCCCGUCGGCUCACUGAAGCUAUCCAAACUGACAUGUGCCAUAUUAAUUUGGUGUCAUCAGUCCCUGGAGUUCUGUGCCUACCAAAGACCAGAGCCAGAACCUGGUCCACUCAAAGGCACAGGGAACAACAGCCACUCUUCAUUUACAGUUUGUCAUGUCUGCCAUCGACCAGGGAUACCACCAGAAAGGUAGGUGAAACAAUACAAACCUCCAACUGGUAAAACUUACAACUUACGUCAAAACAGAGCCAAAGAACUCCCCCAAAAAACAAACAAGCAAAUCAUCAUCCAUCUCCUGAAAGUCCUAUAUUGUACUCAUUACUGUUCCUGCCUAUUGUCCAAGAGCUGCCUAGAAUGCUGGCUCGGACACACUAGCUAGCUUAUUUGAGGUUUGCCACCCUCACACACAAGCUCCCAAUUUCUUCUAAGAAACCCUAUUAAGGCAUUGCUGGCAAGGUUUACUUCGCUUGUUGUGUGAGGGACUCUAUGUAUGUUGGGGCACAGUGAGUGAGCAUUUUUGACAAGAGAUCAUAUUCAAUGUUUGAGGGUGUGGCCACACUACUGGAGGAGCAGAGCACGUGACCUUAAAUCUUUUCUGCCCAGAGGCUGUGAAGAGACUUUACUGAAAUGAAAUUUUUUCUGGUGGAUCCUUGGUGCCUCCUUGGGACAUUACCUUAUCUGUUCAGGGGCUUCAGUUUUUUCCAUACCCUGACUAAAUGUUCAAGGCUAGAUGAUUGAGGAGGAAGUUGAGAAGGUGGAACUAAUGAGAGAACUCUAUUACAAUCAGGUGAUUCAUUCUUCUCUGGGCUUCAUUUUAUAAUUUUCCUUGCAUUGUUUACCAUGUUGUUUGUAUGUUUUGCUCCACCCAUCUUUCUGGAGGCCUUUUCUUGGUUAGGGUGAUCUAAGAUCCCCUAUUUCUUGUACAGUACCUCAUUAGAGAGGGGGCCAGGUUUUGGCCUUUGGUCCCUGGUAGGUGUACAGUGACUCACAAAGGCCUUAGGUGGACUGAACUGAGUUGGGCUUUCCAGAUAGCAAGCACCAAGGACCCACCAAUAUUUAAAACAAACUGUUAUUUUAACAUUUUUACAUAAUUUUUGGCACAGUACAUUACACUAUAUUUAUGUUCAUUAUUGGAACUUUGUUUUAUUUUUUAUAUUAAAUACUAUAUUUACUGUUCAUCUAGCUCUUAAUAUAAUAUCAUUGAUAAAGUUAUGUCUGAUUAUAUUGUAUAAAUUUGGUUACACAAAACAUAGUGCUAAAUGUAGUGCUAUUUUAUAGUUGCCAUUAUUUCUUAACGAUGACCAACUUGCCUCUCUUAUUAAUAACCAUGACAAAUAUGUUGCUGUAUAUACAGUAUUCAUAGAUAAAUAGUAAAAUAUACAAUGAUAUUUUCCCCAAAAAAUUAUUUGACUUGAAAUUACUGUACCAAAAAUCAACGGUGCUGACAAUGUGUGUUUUAAGUUGAUCUCGAAUUACAGUGCAAAUUUAGAUGAUCAGUUGAAGGUAGUGGAUCCAUCUCAUUUGGUGGAAGUUCUGGAAUCAAACUAAAUAUUGUAAAAACUAUUUUUGGUAACAAGAAUACAGAAUGUAACACAUUAAACCGAUACAUAAAUAUCACCAUAAAAUAUUA